CAGGGUAUAUAUUGGCGUAUCCGCGAGAACUGAAACGCAAACCAUCUGUGGAGCAGGGCGAAUUAGGGUUUAUUGUUCAUCAUCGAUUAAGGAUUAGUAGCUCUUCCUCUGCUGUCAUGGCGGAUGUGGAAACAGAUGUUGCAUCAGGGCAGCCGAAAAGAAGAACAUUCAAGAAGUUCAGCUUCAGAGGCGUCGAUUUGGACGCUCUUCUUGACAUGUCAACUGACGAGCUUGUCAAGCUCUUCCCGGCUCGGGCUCGUAGAAGGUUCCAACGAGGUCUGAAGCGGAAGCCAAUGGCUUUGAUCAAGAAACUGCGCAAGGCUAAGCGAGAGGCCCCACCCGGUGAGAAACCAGAGCCUGUUAGAACUCACCUCCGAAACAUGAUCAUAGUACCUGAGAUGAUCGGAAGCAUCAUUGGAGUUUACAAUGGCAAGACCUUCAACCAGGUUGAAAUCAAACCAGAGAUGAUUGGGCAUUACUUGGCUGAGUUCUCAAUCUCUUACAAGCCAGUCAAGCAUGGAAGGCCUGGUAUUGGUGCUACCCACUCGUCAAGGUUCAUUCCUCUCAAGUGAGAUCUUCACCAGCGCCCUGGGGUUUCAACUGAUUUUUCUUCUCUGAGAGUUGGUCUGGUGCUAGUUAUGUUUUCCUUUUCUUUUUUGGCGUUUCGACUAAAUUUUGAAGAAUCUCUAUUUGUUAGUUCAUUUACUAGUUGGAUUUUUUUUGGCGGGCAAACCAAUUUUGAGCUUGCACCUUCAGUUAAGAGUUUAAUUGAACAUUUUCCUUGUUAACUAUCUGUUAGAAAAUUUGAAUAUUGUUUGCAAAUA